CACUGCUGGAGUCCACCAUGCACGGGUGUCUCGUGGUGUUUUCGCUCUUUCUACUGUGCCACAUUCUGGCCACUGGAGUGGUGGCCAGUGGGAUUCUGGGAGGGAGGGUGGCCUUGCCACACUCCAGACCCUACAUGGCUUCUCUCCAGAAAUCUUCCCGUCAUGUCUGUGGGGGGUUUCUGAUUCAUGAAAACUUUGUGCUCACAUCUGCCCACUGUGAAGUACACAAACCGUUUGAUGUGGUUCUCGGAGCCCAUGAUCUGACAUUCAAAGAAAAAACUCAACAAAGACUACAAGUGGAAAAAUACUUCAAACACCCUUCCUACAGAACAAUCAAGCAGACAAGUUAUGAUGUUAUGCUACUGAAGCUGAAAACCAGUGCAGUCCUGAACAAAUAUGUGAAGGUUAUCAAGCUGCCUGAGGAAAAUGAAAAUAUUCUUGUGAGGAUGAACUGCUCUACAGCUGGCUGGGGAUGGAGGGUACCAAACGGGAACGUGGCCCACGUCCUGCGGGAGGUGGACGUCACAAUACAAUUCAACUUUGAAUGUAAAUACUUGUGGCAAGAGCACUUUUUCAGCGAACAGAUGAUUUGCACUCGUCAAGGGAGGCGUGGAAUAUGUAACGGAGACUCUGGAGGACCCCUGAUCUGCAACAAGAGGCCACAGGGGAUAGCUGCCUACACUGCUGCAAGGUGUGACAAUCCCAAGUACCCCAAUGUUUACAUGAAAACCUCUUUUUUUAUUCCCUGGAUAAAAAAGGUUAUGAAAGAACAAGAAGCUCUUGUGGUUUUUGCAGAAUACAUUGCUUUACAAUAGUAACACCAUAGUUGCAUCAAACAAAUUUUGAUUACCAGUUCCUGUCAUUACUACUUCUGAAGCUUAUAAUUCUCAUUGUAAAAUUAUGUAACAAAAUUGUGGAAAUGGAUUACAUUUUCAAAAGUCACCAUCUUUGUAACUGCAAUAAAAAGCUACUUUCUCAACAGUAUGGUCAUUUGUGUCUCCACUGUAUCAUAAAUGACAAACCACAAAGAUUGUAUUCUUGCCAUUUACUAUUUCCCUUCAAAUACAUUUAUUAGUGGACACAUAACCUAAUUUAAGGAGUAUGAUUAAAGAAAGUUACACAUUUCAUUAACUGCUGAUGUCUUCAUAUACACAUUUAUCAGUUAAGGAUUUGUAUUUCAAUUUAAGUAGACUUAAGGUGCAAUGUAUACAUUGUUACCUUUUGCUGGCCAAACUGUGACCUGUCACAAGGCAAGCAUCCAUUGCUGCUUCCUAGGAAAGUAUGGGUAGUUUUUUUUCUUCUGAUAAUGAUAUAAAGGGAUUCAGAACAUUUCCAAACUCAUGAAACACCUGAUGUAUAACACUAGGGAGAAAUGAACAAUAAACCUAGAAUGCCAGGUGUCAGAAACAAUGACUCAGAUGAAAA